GACACUUCCGGGAAGAUGGCGGCAUAGCGGUCGGACCUGGCGUGUGUGUUGCGGAGAGGGCCGUAUAAGUGACUGAGGGGAUAAGUGACCUCUUCUUUGAUGAGGACCUGAAGACAGUUACUUUUUUUUCAUCAUGAGUGUCAUCACCCCAGAGGUCAAGAGUCGUGGGAUGAAGUUUGCUGAGGAGCAGCUGCUAAAGCAUGGUUGGACUCAAGGCAAAGGCCUGGGCCGAAAGGAGAAUGGCAUCACCCAGGCCCUCAGGGUAAAGCUAAAACAGGAUACUCAUGGGGUGGGACAUGACCCUUCCAAGGAGUUCACAAACCACUGGUGGAAUGAGCUCUUCAACAAAACUGCAGCCAACUUGGUAGUUGAAACUAGACAGGAUGGAGUACAGAUAAAGCACCUUUCUAAGAAGACCACCCGUCAUAAUCAUCCCAAGCCCAACUUGCUGUAUCAAAAGUUUGUGAAGAUGGCCACACUGACUUCAGGUGGGGAGAAGCCAGACAAGGACUUGGAAAGCUGCAGCGAUGACAACAACCAGGGGCCUCAGCCUCCAAAAAUUCUGACUGAUGAGAUGUUGCUCCAAGCCUGUGAGGGGCGAACAGCACACAAGGCUGCCCGUCUUGGGAUUACGAUGAAGGCUAAGCUUGCUCGGUUGGAGGCCCAGGAGCAGGCCUUCCUGGAUCGGCUUAAAGGCCAAGACCCUGGGAUCCCUCAACCGCACUGUGAGUGCAAGCCCCUCAAAAAAAAGAAAAAGAAAAGGAAGCAGAAAAAGGAGGAAGAGGCUACAGCAACUGAAAGGAAUGCAGAAAAGGAAUACACAGAUCACACUGACCAGAGCAUCAGGAAAAGCAAGAAGAAAAGACAACAUCAAGAAGAAACGGUCACAGAUGAUAGAGAGGGAAUAGCCAUAGUGGAUGAGGAAGAAGCCAUAGGAACAAGAGAGCUUGGGGAACUGAAGAGCGGAGCACAAACUGAUGAGUGCCCCAAGAAAAGGAAGAAAAAGAAGAGGCAGCAGCACGAGGAGAAGCUGAGGGUCUUAGGUAAAGAAUGGGGAACAGAGGUAGGGAGCCGAGCACACACUGAUCCAUGCAGCAGAAGCAAGAGGCAGCAGCAUGAGGAGGAAGACUUGAACACAGAGGAUCAAGAAGUUGAAGAGGCUGUUGUAGACAGUGGGACCAGGGAAGCAGAAAGCAGAGCAUGCAGUGAUAGGAAAAGCAAAAGCAAGAAAAGACAGCAGCAUCAAGAGGAUGUCUUGGCUAUAAGGAAUGGACAUGACGAUGGUAGCACUGGGGAGAGCUCAAGCAGCAGAGGGAAGAUAAAGAGGCAGAAGCAAGCAGAGGAGGAAAGAGCCAGAGUCAGCACUGACCAGAGAGCAAAAAAAAAGAAAAACAAAAGAGACUGAAGGUCAGGUCAGGGUAGGGGCUCAAUCGAUUUCUUUUUAAUUGUUGAAGCCACAGAGACCUGAGCUGAUGCAGGUCUCCUGAACCCUCCCAGUGAGGAGUCCUUCCCAAGGAGAAAACUGAGCUCUGGAAUACCAGCCUGCUGAAGAGGACAGAGGUGUCAGUAUACCUUAGCUGAUGGACUGGGCAUCUUCUCCUUUGCAGCUUCUGACAAGUGCCAGCAGAAGCCAGGCAGCCAAGGGACAGGGAGUGCUGAGUGCUGAGGUGAGGGUUGUGGGGACAGGAAUGCAGAUACCUUUUGAAUGGGUAUCCUUACUAAAAGAAGCUAGAAAUGUG